AUGCCAAACAGCUCCCUCAGCUGUAUCGUUGCAGCCGACGUUUUGAACUCCAUCCUCGACUCUUGGCAAAACGCUGCCGGCUAUUACGACACGGCCAACCACACGCACGAUGAGAUAAGUAGUGUUAUUCGAUCUGAGCGGUAUCUUAGCUUCACCGGCAACUUGUUUGAGCAUCUCGUCGACAUUGUGUUUGUCAUUCUUCUCGUCGAGCUCGGAAACGGACUUAUGCACUCGCUGAAUCGACAUCCAUCAAGAUAUCAAACCAGGUUACGGCGAGCGGCGUAUGUUGCCUCCACCAUCCUUCUCGCCUUUGCUCUUGCGUACUUUGGACAGCCAACGGCCUCUUGGGUCGCGUACUGGAACGGCUCUGAAAGCAACUCGAGCUACGCCCAGCUCUCUCUGUCAUUGAAGGUUGUCGGCAAACUCGGGGCCUCGUUUUACAUUCCCUCCUGGAUCAUCUCCCUCUUCCAGUUCGGAUAUGCCUCUUUUGUGAUGCACAAGCACAAGGCUCGCGUGCUCACCCGCCAGGCCGCAAUCCUCUACCUAAUCAUUACUGUAUUGGAUCUUGUCCGGUGGACGUUCUUUCUCACCCUUUAUGCGCAGUGGCUUCUUCCGACAAGCGCCAGCCCUCCAUGGUGGAAUCUCGUGGAUGCUCUCGGCAACACAUGGAUCCGGCUCGUGCAGCUCACGAUGCUUCUUAUCAUCGGCAUGCGAAGGAGGAAAGGAAUAUGGACGACUCAUCAGUCCUUCAUGACGAGCAGUGAGUCGACAAUGACGUCUACUAUGGUAUCGACAACCGCUGGACCUUCGCCAGUCCUGGCACCCGGCGAUCCCGCUGCCUAUGCGCACACGUUUUACCGACACAAGGAAUAUACACAAAUGCCCCCCCAGAUACUUCCAACCUGGUACGUCCCUCAGCAAGUACCGCCCUGGCAAUACCACGAACUGGCGGCUCCACAGCCGGUUAUCCUGGCUCCCAGAGAGCUCGACACCAUGACGUACCAGUAUGCGCCGCACCCGAUGCUCGGGCCAGGUUAUCUGGUUUUGCAGUCGACGGCGCAGAUUCAACGGAAUUACCAGCAGCAGCAGCAGCAGCAGCAAUAUCGUCAACAAGAUGGCUCGCAUGUUUUCGGCCUCCGACCUCCUCCAUCUUCGUCUUCCAUCGCCAUCGCCAUCGCCAUCGCCAUCGCCAUCGCCAUCGCCAUCUCCAUCCAUGGGCCGCAGCUCCGUCCGCUUGCUGGUCCCGUCUCGCAGCCCGCCCAUAAGUCGAGCAAUCGGAAGCAUCCAAAAGCGAGGGCAUGUCUGCAGAAACCGAGGCCGGCAAACGUUCCGCCGGUCAACCGUUUCCAUGCCGUGCCAAGGGAUUCCUGCGGCACCGCCCGCGACGCAAACCGCCAGCAGCGCCGCAUUUGGUUUCUCUGCGCAGUACUCCCUCUGGAGGGAAGGCUUCUUCACGGAUAUACCGCCGACGAGACUCGAGCUCCGGCCAACGCCUUCGUCGCGUCGGCGCGCCGCAUCCACCACCCCGUCGGCCUCGCAAAGGGCUACAAGUUUGUUCUGUUUGUCGUGUUUGGCGGCGCGCUGCUGGGCUUCGCCCUCGCCGGCCUCAUGUACCUUGGCGUCAGGGGCGUCUUUUGCAACCCCGUCUCGAGCGUGGGCCGCGCCCUCCCCGGCGGGUGCUACUACUACCUCCGCGGCGUCGAGAAUGCCGGCAUCAUCAUGCACCUUGGGGGCACGCUGCUCGCCGUGUUGUACGUCGCGGGUGUCUUUAUGAUUGCACGGCACGGGCUCGGUGGCGGCCUGGAUGUCCAGUCCGCCGCGGGCAUGGCGUCGAUUGUGUUUGUGGCGUGCAAGGCGAUUGCUUUCUACAACAUCAAGAUGUUGCAGAUUGAACAGCACCGGGCGUGGAUGCUGCGCGCGUGGGUGCUCGCUGGCUUCAUCAUCACAAUGUGCGUCAUCGCUGUCGUCAUGACUGCCAUCGUCGGGAAAAGCGCCCAGGACUACUACUCGGUCUGGCCGUGCUGUGUUAUCGACUCCAUCUACGGGGGCAACCAGACACAAGUCGAGCGGCUGUAUCCGCCCUGCGCGGCCUUUUACUCAGGCGCCGAUCCGGAGCAGCAUGUCCCCGUUCCUGUUGGCGUGUUCGGCCAAGGGCCGGAGCGCGUCGUUUCCGCGGCCAAUGUCAGCUUCGGGCCCAGUGCUUCGCUGGCUUUUGCCAUCCACGCCGUCGCCGUCGAGGUAUACCUGCGCCUGACGCCCGCCGAGACAGAGCGGCUGCGACGUGUCUCUUACCAGCGCCAGAGGGAGGCUGGCAUGAAGAACCCCGGCAGUGCGGGCUUGACGGCUCAGAGACUUGGUGACGCGGACCCCUGGCACCCGCUCUGCGGGAGCGUCGGUCGACGACGAGGACUCGGCUUCCGCUGGGCAUCAUAUGACCACCGAGAGGUUUGA